UGUUCUUCUAGGGUUUUAAGACUUCCCACUUCCUCCAUUAACAAUUUCUCAAGAACAGAAACUUCGAAUUGAUCAAUCAUGGCUGUCAAUUUGUUGAUUAGAAGAUUGGGUGCUAAGACCCCAAACCAAUUUCUUCCCAAAACCUGUUUUACACAACAAUUUAACAGAGGCAUGGUUACAUCUUCAAUACCCCAUUUUUACAACAAUCUCCCAGAAAAAUCUGUCUCAGAUGUUGCUGAUAAUCGAGUUCCUGCUACUGUGAUUACUGGGUUUCUUGGUUCUGGGAAAACAACGCUUCUUAAUCAUAUUUUAACUUCUCAACAUGGCAAAAGAAUUGCUGUAAUCGAAAAUGAGUUUGGGGAGGUAGAUAUUGAUAGUUCAUUGGUUGCUAGUCAUUCUUCUGUAGCUGAGGAAAUUGUUAUGGUCAAUAAUGGAUGUCUGUGCUGUACUGUGAGAGGGGAUUUAGUUAAAAUGCUCUUGGAAUUGGUGAAAACGAAGCGAGACAAAUUCGAUCACAUUGUUAUUGAAACAACAGGUCUUGCAAAACCAUCUCCAGUGAUUGAAACGUUUUGCACUGAUGAAAUGCUCUCCAAAUAUGUGAAACUUGAUGGUGUUGUUACUUUGGUUGAUUGUAAGCAUGUGACACAGCAUUUGGAUGAAGUCAAACCAAGAUUUGUGGUAAAUGAAGCUGUGGAGCAAGUUGCAUAUGCUGAUCGUAUCAUUCUGAACAAAGUUGAUUUGGUGAGUGAUGAGGAGUUGGCUGCGCUGAAUACAAGAAUUAAGGGUAUCAAUAGCAUGGCACAGAUGAAACAAGCUAAAUUUGGGGCUGUAGACAUGGACUUUGUUCUCGGUGUUGGAGGAUAUGAUCUUGAUAGAAUUGAAUCUGAAGUCAAGGUAGAUAAACCCCACUGCUCAAAUCAUCAGCAUGCGCACCAUGGAGGACAUCAUCAUCAUGACCAUGUCCAUGAUUCUGCAGUCACCAGUGUCAGUAUAGUUUGUGAAGGCAACCUUGACCUUGAUGAGGUUGAUGAUUGGCUCGAUAGACUAAUUGAGGAGAAAGGAGAGGACUUGUAUAGGAUGAAGGGGAUAUUGUCCGUGAAUGAUUCAGACGAACGUUAUGUCUUCCAGGGGGUUCAUUCCAUGUUAGAUAGUUCUCCAGGCAAACGAUGGGGACCUGAUGAACAAAGGAUAAACAAGAUUGUCUUCAUAGGAAGGAACCUAGACGAAACUGCGCUCAGGAAAGGCUUGAAAGGUUGUUUAGCUUGAGUGAGACACAAAUGUAGUUUACCCACAUCGAAAAACAGUUACAAAUGAGUCGGAUCACAAACUUUAGACUUCAGAUCAGCAGUAGCAGGUACAGAGGUAGCGGGAAGUGGAUUAGGGGGUUGGGCUUGGCUGAUCUAACGAUUGAGUAUAUGUGUUUGUAGGUUUUGUUCUGCUUUCCAAACUUUAGCUCCGCUUCACUGCAUUUAAAAUGGUCUUUUGUUCUACUUUUCUUAUGCCCAUGAUGUAUAAAUUACUAAAAGACAUUUGCAACCUUUUAUUCAUUAAUUACCGGAUUUUCAAAUUAAGAAGUGCCGGGUGAGUGUUGAUAGAGCAGCCGGUGAAACCAUGUCAUGUACCGGAUUUAACUCUACUGCUGCUGUACUGGUGGUGGUCUAGGACAAAUGGAAGAGACAAAAAGAAAUCACAACUCACAGGUGAGAGUUAGGUAGAAUGGGGUUUUGGUUGUUUUUUUAUUGCAACUUGCUGAAAA